AUGAGCUUCUAUUCAAACCUACCGUCUGUUAGGCAAUCCAAUCAGGGGGCUCCAACACGUAGUGGAAAUGGGGUGGGAUUAGAACGAUUGUACCCAACUAUCUUUGAAAUAGUGUCAUCACAGGAAAUUGAUUCCUUACUGCCCAUCUCGAUACGGUACCUAUUAACAAAUCAUUUAGUGGCGAACUUUCCCAACAGACAUACUCUGCGGCUGAACAACUACUUUUCGGAAUUGUUUCAAGUGAUAAAAGGAAUCGUUGAAUGGUAUCAUUUAAAGACGUACAAUUCGACGUUUAUUGAUCGAUUUUAUGGCCUGCAACUGUUCAAUUCGAAGGACCGAAAUCUUGCCUUGACGCAAUGCUUAAAUCCUAAAAACCAGAAUUCGUGGCCUCAAGGUUUGCAGCUAACCCAGUGGCAGAGAAAAGUGGUUUUUUUGGAAAAGAUUAUUCUCCCUUAUAUUACAACGAAACUUGAUGAAUUACUUGAGAAGCUAUCAUUGAGUAACAUAUUCAGCAAUAGUGAGAACGAAGAGAAAUGGGUCAAGAGGGCUUUUUUGAAAAUCUAUCCAUUUUUCAAGAAAUUGUUUGCAUUAUCUAAUUUAUUCAUCAAAUUGUUAUUCCUGACUAAAAGAACUGGAUCGGUUUCGUUGUUACAAUACUUAUGUAACGUAGAGUACACAACAAUGAAGCCGCUUUUUCCAGCAAUGUCUAGCUUCAAAGAAAUGAAAGGGAUGGAGAGUAGGUUGAAGAAAACAAACAUGUCGUCAAUGUUGACGCUUAUGAAAAAUAAACUAUCGAUUAUACCCAUGUUUCUCACAUUCAUGGGUUCGCAGUUCUUUCCCACGUUUAUAUUCAUACUGAGAGUAUACCAAUGGUGGACCACACAGGACAUGACCACUAAAUUGCAGAAAAGACUGAAUGACCUGGAUAAAGAUAUUCCGAGGCCGCCAAUCUCCUCACAGAAUGACAAAACGAACGGUGAAAAGAAAGUUACAGAGGCCUGUCCUGUUUGCAGAAAGACUAUACAAAAUCCCUGUGUAUUGGAAACGGGUUACGUGGCGUGCUACCCAUGUGCCAUAAGCUAUUUAGUUAGUAAUGAGGGCCAUUGUCCAGUUACUAAUAAGAAGCUGUUAGGUUGUACAUACAACAAAGAAAUGGAUAAAUGGGAAGUUGUGACAGGAAUCAGAAAGCUACUAAUCUGA